CUCAUCAGAAACCAAAAUGCAAUUCAUCAGAAAAGAACCAAAGAUAUUAGGAAGUAAAUAAUUCGACAUAAAGAACCAAGAACCAAGCGUUGAUUCUCUCUCUUUCCCUUCUGUUGACAACGCUUUCUCUUCUCUUCUCUCAUAACACUUUGCAUCUAUCAUGGUUUCUGCAACUUUGUCCACCCUUGCAGGAUAUCUUCUUUCACCUUUGCCUGGCAUAUGUUUGGAUAAACUGAUCAAUUAUGUAUUGGAUCAUCUAUCAUCAUCACCAUCACCAUCUUCCCUUGAUGAAGCGGAGAAACAACAACAACUGAAGGAUUCACUGGAAGCCUUGAUAGAUGCCAAGUUGAGUGUCAAGUCAAUGCAUAAUAGAAUCAUGAUAUUGUUUGAAAAAAAUAAGCAAAACGAGAGGGUGAUCGGUUUGCACCACAAACUCAAAGAUGUUGGUUAUGACAUACAAGACUUGGAAUCAGAUAUGAAGAACUUGGAGCUGGAGAGAAUGGUGCAGGAGAUCAACAAGGCUGAUCAAGAAGCUGACACUAAUAGCCAAUCCAGUAGAGGACAAAAGCGCUUGUGGUUUCGUCGGCCAAUUUCAUCAUCAAGUGAUAAAAAACGUCGUCUUUCGAAAUCAGCGCAAUCCUCAAAUGUGUCUACAGAUGAUGACGUUUUGAAAAAGAUUACUAGUAUUAUAAAUCAAAUAAAAGGCAUUAAAUCAAAGCUGGAAGAAGAAACCAUCUUGCACCAAUGGUUAGCCGAGAUCAACUUGAAUGGAGUUUAUGAUCCGUACGAACGAGUCACCACAUCAUCAAUAAAUGAAAGUAAGAUAUAUGGUCGAGAUAACGAAAAAAAACUGCUGAUUGAGUUUUUCAAAGGGCCAAAUGUCAAUGUCAAUGUCAAUAGUAACAUUUCUGUUGCACCAAUAGUUGGGAUGGGUGGUAUCGGCAAAACUACUUUGGCUCAGUUUGUCUACAAAGAAAUAAAAAAUUAUUUCAAUAAUUCGGCUUGGAUAUGUGUAUCAAAUCACUUUGAUAGAUUAAGAAUCACCAAAGAAAUGGUAGAUUCAUUUCGCAUUGGCAAUACUAGCAACUCAAGUGUUCAAUGUAGCAACGCCACCAGCUUGAAUCUUCUUGAGGAAGAACUCAUAAAGCAUUUAGUAGGGAGGAAAUUCUUACUGGUGCUGGAUGAUAUCUGGUCUGAUAAAUGGCAACAACUUCUUGUCCCUCUCCAAUCUGCAGAAGCACAGGCUAUUAAAAUCAUCGUGACUUGUAGACAUCCUACAGUAUUAAGAAGCAUAGACCAAGAAAAUAAAAUUAUUCUGGAAGGUUUUGAUGAUCAAGAGUACUGGCCAUUUUUUCAGAAGUGCGCCUUUGCUGGAAACAAUCCUGACAAUUAUCCAAGAGAAUUGCAUGAUAUAGGAAGGCACAUAGUGGGAAAGCUGAUGGGAUCACCAUUAGCAGCCAAGACAGUGGGAAAGCUUCUAGGACGUGAUCUAACUGAGAAGCAUUGGAAUAAUGUAUUGGAAAAUGAUUUGUGGAAAUUUAAAAGUGAUGCACAUGAUAUUAUGCCUGCACUUGCACUUAGUUACUAUCAUCUGCCUCCUCAUCUUCAGUCAUGCUUUGCUUUUUGUUCGGUGCUUCCUAAUCGUAAUCUUGAUCCUUACUAUGAUAUGGACACAUUGAUUAGCAUGUGGAGAGCUAACGGAUAUCUAUCUGAAAGAAUUAGUUCAGAGACAGUGAAUGAUAUGGGAAAAGAGUACUUUCAUGAACUGCAAGCAAUGUGUUUCUUUGAUGGGCAUGCAGGUUAUACUAAAUUUCUCAAAAUGCAUGACUUAAUACGUGAUUUGUCCCAAUUAGUUUCUCAUGGCGAGACUUGUAUUUAUGAGAGUGGAAGAGAUAAAAAAAUCUCCAAAAAUGUCCGUCAUUUGUGUGUAUAUGAUGGUUCGACUGAUCUUGGGUUUUUAAGCGAAGCUAAUAACUUACGCACCCUUCUGUUAUUACAGGGAGCUAAUGGCAUGUCUACCUUCCUCAACCGUGAAGCAUUCAGCAGAGUCCGAGUGCUAAUAAUCAAUGACAGUAAUAUGCAAGAAUUCCCGGAUGCUAUUCCUUAUUUAAAGCACUUGCAACAUUUGACUUUGUGGAGAAAUAAAAUCAAAUCGAUACCAGAUUCAUUAUGUGGGCUUUAUCAGUUGAGAGUGUUGAAAUUGAUGUGUCCACAGACCCUACCAAGUCAAUUUCAUAACCUCAUAAAUCUUGAAAUAUUGCAUUUGAAGCAAUUAGAUACAUUUGAUCCAGAGGAACUAGAAUAUCAUGUGAAUAGAGAAAGAGGCUUCACGGUUGCGCAAUUGAGAAAUAUGAAUGAACUAAGAGGAGGCCUUUCGAUUCUAUGCAUGGAGAACAUCGCCAACAAGGAAGAAGCAAUGAAAGCCAAAUUGAAGAAAAAACUUCAUAUCAAGAAGUUGCGUUUAUGUUCGAUAGAUAUGGUGGAUGGUUGCGAGCAUGAUGCCCAAGAAGUACUUGAAGGCCUUGAACCUCAUUCUAACUUAGAAGAACUAGAGAUUGAAGGGUACAUGGGUUCCAUAACACCAAGAUGGCUUAUGAAUUUACAGAAACUAUCAAGAAUAUACUUAAACAAUUGCAGAAAACUGGCUCGUCUACCUGCAGCAGUUGGGUUGUUACGCUCCCUUGAGGUACUACGCUUACAUGGCAUUGAGAACUUAGCAAUUGAAUGUGAAUCAUGUGAUGAUCCUGAUUAUGAGAUGUUUCCAUCCUUGUUGUGGCUUGAACUGUACAAAACAACAGUGUCAUUUGAGGGUAUGUCAACAUCAUCAUCAUCGUCUUUAACAACACCAGUACAAUGCAAGUUGUUUCCACGUCUUCAGAACCUCAGUGUAACGGAAUGUGAUGGAGUGAAUGAAUUUCCCUGGCACUUAUGUUCAACUCCAAAGCAGCUAGAGAUAAUAAAUAGUCCCGGCUUCCAUGGCCUCUUUUCUCUUACUCAGUUGCAAUUGAGUGGGCCAAAUAUUAAAACUUUUCCUGCAGAGGUGAUGUCCACACUGCAUGCACUAGAGGAAAUACUUCUUGAAGAUUGCAAUGAGCUCUUGUCGGUGGAGGGUUUACAAGCCCUCCCCUCUUUGAGAAAAUUGUCUAUUUAUAACUGCCAUGAAUUCAGAUACUUGUGUAUGGAGGAGAUGACAAAGCUGCAUGAAUUAGAUAUAAAGUCUUGUCAUGAUCUGGAAUCUCUGCCUGCUUGGUUGCAUCGUCUGCCUUCACUGAAGCAUUUAAAUAUUCGAUAUUGCCCAAAGUUCCAUUCUCUACCAAAAGACGGCCUCCCUUCCUCACUUGAAGCAUUGGAAUUCAUAGAUUGUGAUCCAGGCUUAAUGAAACGGUGCCAAGAAGAGCUGUCUCCAGAAUGGCAAAUGAUUAAGCACAUCCCUAAACAAAAUUAUAUUUCUGAUGAUUUCUGAGUGAAUUCAUUUUGAGAAUAAUCAUCUCUAGAGUGAAGCAGAAUUCAAGUUUUCUCCAACAAGUGCUGAAUACCUAGCUCUCUUUGACAUGCUGCUCUGACUUGAAUUAAUAGCAUUAAUUAUCUAAUCACUCUUGGGAGAUUGGAGGCAAAAAGUUAUUGCAUCACCCUUUAGCUGGAGCAUUCAAGGUUUCAUAACACAGAUCUGAGAAGAAAUGUGGAUGAACUUUUCAUGAUUGUCAUAUAUAUUAUUAUGGUUGCUUCUCUUUCUUGUAGUUAAUUCCAGUACUAAAUAAACAAAGGUAUUUUCUC